AUGCUAUUAGUGGGAUCGUUAGCAAUUCUAAGUUAUUUUAGAGAUUUUAAAUUAUUUAUAAUUCCUGUUGUAAUACCAUUUAUUUUGGCUAUACCCGGAUGGCAAGUAAAUAUUAUUAUUACUAUAAGGUGCUUUUCUAACGAUACUUCGAAAUAUAUUCAUAUUGCAUUAUUGUCUGUUGAUAUGACAAUCCUCUUAAUAUCAAUAUAUUGUUACAUCGGUAUCACAUAUACUAUAAAUAUUUCAAGACUUCAAGUUGACGAACAAUUUCUAAUCGCGUUACGAAAAAUCGUUGGCUAUUUGUUUAUGUUCAUCACACAAUGGACUCCAGUCAUGAUUUAUGUUUUGAUUGAUAUUAAAACCAGAGCACCAAUGUGGACUUUUUUCGUAUUUUUCAUAUCUUUACCACUUGGUGGUGUUCUAAAUUGCUACAGAUAUAUUUCAAAUGAAGGUUGGUGGGUAAAUCCUAGAGGAGCUGCUACAUCAUCAAUCACUUCAACAUACUCUUCUCCUAAUACGCCAACAUCACCCUCAUCACCCUCAUCAAAAACAAUAAAUAGACAACAAAUUGUUGGCGAUAAGCAUCAGGAUUCUUAUCUGGUGAGGAUGCCAGAAGAAAAUGGUGACGGCAACAUUGAUAAAAAGAUUAUCAGAAAAUUAUAA